AUGUCUGAACAUUAUGUCUGCAGAGAGGUUCAGCAAGGUACAAACUGUGGCAAGUAUGAGGUUUCUCUACCGCAGAAUGUACAAGUUCUGAAAGGAUCCUGCAUCACCGUCCCCUGCUCCUUUGCUAUAAAGAAAAAAUAUGAAAAAGACUUGCAUGGAAGAUGUAGAGCUUGGAUUUUUAACGGGCAACCUGUCAACCAAUCUGGGAAGGUUUUUGUAAUCGACUCUAAGAAUGACUCGUAUCUGAGGAGCAUCAUCACUUUGAAUCAGUCACAGGAGAGGAACAUAUCCUCCUUGCUUUGCUUCGGCUUCAAUUCAUUGGGAUCAGACAGCAAACUGCUUUUUAACAGAUCCCCUCAAAUUUCAGAAGAAAAACAAGUUCCUCCAAAGAUCCUGCCAUCUUCUAGUUGCACCAAAACUGCUAAUCAGAUCAACUGUUCCUGUGAAAUCAUGGGAAACCCUCCCAUGUUGCAGUGGAUUUUUAAUGGGCAACCUAUCAACAAAUCUGGGAAGGAUUUUACUAUCAGGGACUCUAAGAAUGGCACAUACCUGAGGAGCAUCAUCACUAUGAAUCAGUCACAGGAGAGGAACAUAUCCUCGUUGCUUUGCUUCAGCUUCAAUCCAUUGGGAUCAGACAGCAAACAGCUUUUUAUCAGAUCCUCUCAGAUUUCAGGAGAUACACAAGUGCCUCCAAAGAUCCUGCCAUUCUCUAGUUGCACCAAAACUGCAAAUCACAUCAACUGCUCCUGUGAAACCAUUGGAAACCCUCCCAUUUUGCUGUGGAUUUUUAAUGGGAAACCUGUCAACCAAUCUGGGAAGGAUUUUGUUAUUAGUGCUAUCAGUGACUCUAAGAACAACACAUAUCUGAGGAGCAUCAUCACUUUGAAUGAAUCACAGACGAGAAACAUGUCAUCUUUGCUCUGCUUAAGCUUCAAUUCAUUGGGAUCAGACAGUAAACAGCUUUUUAUCAGACCGCUCCAGAAUGCAGCAGAACUGCAAGAUAAAAAGCAGACGCCUUUGCUCAUCGGCACAACUGUCAUCUUACUAGUUCUAGUAUGUGUGUUGCUGUUUGUUAUCAGGUUUCAGAAGUCUCACCGUUUCUGGGAAAUUAAAACACUUGAAAGAAAAAGAACAAAGGUACAAAACACAGCUGAAGACAUUGAUUCCAGCACAAUUGAGCUGAAAGAUAAAGGAAUUGCCCAUUCAGGUUAUGGUGGAGCUGAAUAAAGAUGUUAGUUUAAUGAUUUAUUUUUGCUUUUACUAAACACAUUAAUGAUGUGAAAUGAUGUAGUUUCCAUAACACCUUUGCUGAUAAAGUGGUUUGAUUUGAUUUUUGUAAUAGUGUUUAUACAAUAAUAUUUCUGCUUAAAGGAUUUGAGAAUUCUUUUUCAUACACUUGUUCUUAAAG